CGAAAUGAAGCCCCAAACAGGAUUUCUGGCUCUUGCUGAAGAACUCCUGUUUUACAUUCUGAGUUUCCUUCCUUGCGGAGAUAUUCUCCGGUGUACAUCUGUAUGUAGAACCCUUCGCCAGACGUACUUGUCCUCCUCCGAACUUCAGUACAUCGUUGAAAUAAGUGGACAACAGUUGCUCGUUAUCCCCAACGCAGGCAAUAGCAUACCUAUUUCUAAGCGUCUGCAGCUUUUGAGAGACAAAGCUCACGCAUGGUUCAAGGUUGACACCCACCCUUUCAAAAUGGUCCCCGUAACAAGGACACAGCUAUCUCGAGAAAACAUUGUUGCUGGUGGGCAUUUCUGCUCGUGGGACCCACUAGGAGAUACGGCCAUGAUCUUUCCAGCACUUCCAAAGCCCUCACAACAGUCAAUCCGGCGAAACUGGCUCCCAGGAACGUUGUGUUCGGGUCCACACUUACGCAACCUUGACGUGUUUAUGGACCCAGCACAAAACCUAAUCGCUGUCGCUUAUGCCGUUGAUAACAAGACAGUCUAUAUUAACCUUGGAGCCCUGGAUGGUGAUGGUGUUCACCCUCAGGCUGCUGGAGAGAAACUGUUUCUGUUGCACGACUUAUGCUAUGAAACGACAAUUGCUGAGCUCAAAGGUUUUGGGAGGCAUAUUGCAUUGUCGCGCCACUCGGACGGUGCACAUCCGACUUUGUUGGACGGGACGUGGCAGCUGCAGAUUUGGGACUGGAAAUACUCGACAACAUCCAGUAGCAUCCUCAGCGGUGCAGUAGGAUCCUUCAGCCCAGCUAAUUUUUGUUUCCUCGGGAACAAUCGAUUGCUGGUUAUAACCGAUAACUUGAAUCUCUAUUCAAUCAAGAACAUUCAAGUCUUCAUCAUUUCCACGAGGAUUUUCUUCGACCUCGACGAAAUGGCAGCAGCAAUGCCGAUACCAUGGGAACAUUGGGCCCCCUCAAAUACUCGUAUCUUUUGGCACCCAUUUCAUAUCAAAAUUCACAUUCACGGAAACCGAGUUUUGCAGACACUCCCUGUCGGCACGCGCAACACGGAGUUUAUAUUACAACUAUUGGACUUUAGCCCGCUAGCUGUGACAAACAGGCGGGGUCUAGGACGAGUGGUGAAAGAGCCGGCGUACAUCUAUGCUAAUGGAUUUCGCCAAUGUGGAGAGAGCUUGACGACAUCCCUGCCUUACGUCGAAGUCGUAUUUUCGGAGAGAAAGUUUGGUGCUGAUUCAGUGUUGAAGGACAUGUGGAUCGACAAGGAUGGGAUUUAUAUGCUCUCCGCAUCAGGCUUUAUUGACAGACUUGAGGUCAUUGACGUCCAGUCCGACUUACGGAGCGGUGUGGUAUCAACUAGUUGA